AUGACUGACAAAUUUUAUGCAGUUUUCCCACCACAAUCUGGCAUAAAAAGUGAACGGAACGCUGCUUUCAAUAUAACUCGGCUAGCCUCCUUCGACAACUUAUUGUUUAUUGGUUGCAGAGAGGGGUAAUUUUGUUUUGCGUCCUCUUUGUAUUUCACAAAUACCAUCAUAUUUAUUCGUUCGAGCGAGUCCUAUAUACGCAUCUAGGCUCAGAGCAACAGCAUACUCUGUAGAUUCCUCUGCCAUGAAAAAUCCUGAAGUGGGAAAAUAUGUCGGGCGCUUAUACCCGGCGUGCAUGUGCACGGUUUGUAAGGAUCCUUACAAACCUUACAAAUUUUAGGUGUAAAGUAAAUUUACUGCAUGCACGUGCACAGCUCGCAAAGACCAACUUGGUCGUUGGGGGCUGUGCACGUGCAUGCAGUAAAUUUACUUUACGCCUAAAAUUCAGACCUAUUAUAUGUACAUGCAUAUAUUGCCCGUAUACAGUUCGUCUGAUGAAAGAUUUUCGACACAACGCUGGCCCGCACUGCAUUUAAGAAACGUCGCCUUAAAAGCCGAUGGCUAGUCUAUGUUUACGUUUCAUCUAAAGGUGUGCCCUACAACGUAUACGUAGGUGCGAAAUAUUUCCUAUGGUUUUUUAGAAUGCCAUAUUGCACCGAACCGGGAGUCCCGAAUCCCCAUGCCCGAACUCGUAUAUUGUACUGAACCAUUCUGCGAGCUUCCGUGCUGGUAUUAGUCACACGCCAAUUGACCUUGAAUCCUAGAGUGCUCAUCAGAAAUUCAGACAUUAGUGAUCGGGCCACUCUAGCACAGUUUCUUGAUAGACUUUGGACCAUCGGGGCAACGUGCGUGAUUUACGGGGCAAGGAUGAGGAAAUCGGGGACUUGCGAAAGGUCUUGCCUCCAUUUGCCUUAUUUCAGUACAAGUCACCAGUUAAUUGACCGUCUGCAUCUCGGUUAUUAGCGUAACUAUCUAAUUUGACAAUACUGUUAGUGGUACUGUACACGUACCUCAUCUUCACUAGUCGGUGUACCCUGGAACGAGUAAUCGAUCCACCUAGAGCGGCGUCUGCAGUAGCGUCACCCGCAUAUAUAACCGUCUGAGAGCGUCAGUACACUAGACGGAAUGCGAUAAGCGUCUACUAUCCAAAAGGACAUGACCGUACAAGGCAGAUGAGCUUUAGUGAUGCGGGAAACUAAAGCUUCUGCUUAAGUGGUAGACCUCGUUCCUGAUAAACUUGAUCUACGAGACCAUGACGACCUCAAGCGUCCAUUGUUCAAUUAUAAUAGCGCAAACAACUGACUCAGACUUUAUGAAUCAUAAACGACAACCCGUCCCCGCUGGAUGGCAACGAGCAAUGGGCAGCGCUACGAGCUGAGAAGCAGGAGAUGAGAACGCACACCGAAGCCUAACUGCAAUCAAAGUGGCAGCUAACACAGAAUAUUAAGGUAGAGAGCGAGCAGAUUAUGGUUCAACCUCUGUUAAGCUACGUUGCCCCCAAUGAGAAUUAUGCAACCGUGCUAGUAGUGUGCACGCUGCUGCUGCGGCACAUCAGCACCAUUUCAUUUCAAACGAAUUUUAAGGUUUGGGUUGUGACUUACGUCAUAAUCUUCGCCUCCUUCCUGGCAUUUAUUUAAACUUGUUGUUCUUUUAAUCCAAGGCUUUUGUUACAAAGUGUUUUCGAAGAAACUGAAGAAAAUGUAACCUGCUACUCCUUUUCUCUGAUAAUUUCUCGGAAAGUGACGGUAAUCCAUUCUGUUCAGGAUCAUGUUAGUAGGAAUACCCGAUCGCCGAUCUCUCUGCUUCUAGUGCUACCGCCAUUGUAGUUAUUCUUGCAGGCGACCAACUUCAGAUCUUUGAUGCUGAAACGCUUGAGGUAGGCGAUCACUGUUUCGUUCAUACUUUUUAGAGGUUUACCGUUUUCCCCUCCCUCAGUUCGGUCGUUUCUUUUUCUCUGCAAGGCUGCUUCACGGAAAAAGAUGCUUUCAGCAAAGUAUGAUCCACACUAUCCUUUCUAUUAUAUAGCUGGCCGUAUGCCUUCAAGCCGGCACUCUGAAUAUUUAUCGUAUAACCAGAUCAAGAUGUGACGUUAGCUGGCCGUAUGCCUUCAAGCCGGCACUCUGAAUAUUUAUCGUAUAACCAGAUCAAGAUGUGACGUUACCUUUAGUGUGCAGCUCCCUUCACUUGCUCCGGCCAUGGUAAGACGUCAGUGCCUAUACUAGUUAACUCUCAGCUUUGUGCAACUGAUUUUCUGGUCUUUGCAACUCCAACCCAUUACUUUUGCUUGGAUUUCAAAACAAAACGCAUCAACGAACUGUUUGCACGCACAGAAAAGCACGUAAAACCACUUAUUACCCAAGUGUCAGAGGUGAGUAUAUUUAAAUCUCUCUCUUACAUGAAGACUGAAUUUCUCCUCUCAGGACCUGGGGCGCUUGGAAUAUUCGUGGAUAGCACAGGAGCGUCGCAACGUCCGCCAAUUCCUUUGUCGUCAAAUCUUUCUUCUUUAUUUUGCUACGACUCCCUGAUUUUUGCCAUUGACGACGAAUUUGUAUCUAUCCACAGGUAUGAGGCUGUAUCUGCGCAUUUUCCAACUUCGGUUUUUCUUGGUUAUUUGCCACUUACCAGUGCUUGAUAACGAUGAGUGUUCUUCCACUUUGCAACAAACUUUAGUUUCUUUUCAACGGUAUCUGUUAGUGUCAAUCUCUUAACAGAAUAUGGGUCAUUAGUGUUUUUUCACCCUAGAGCUUUUUUUCAUGAUUUUAAUUUGCAGGUAGAGGUGGUUGCUGUCGGCCGUAAUAAUGGUUGAGUGUGAAUAGUGUGUACGCAAUUCUAAACGCCAUCUCUGCACGCUUCACAGGCGUGCCGGAGCUUGUUUCUAGCUAGUAUAUGUCUUUUUUGCAGCUGCCAUCACUGUAAUUAAUUCACCAAUACUGUCAGUGCAGAUGCCAGUCAUGUCUGAGUCCUUUUGUUAGGCCAGUUUUCUGAAAGGAAUAUCCCCUUUUUAGCCGAACUGGUUGCAAAUGCGAAGAUUCUAAUCAUUUUCCUCCAUGACAUACUUCACUUCCCCUCUAUUUAGUAGCGAGCCAUUUCGUUUUCCUGAAGUGCUGAUUAAACAUCCUGGUACUGCGGCUCUGCUCAUAUUUGGAGGUCCAUCCUUUGUCUGGUCUCAUUAAAGCUGAAACUGGCGUAGAAAAAAGUUUUCAAUGAGCUUAACUGACGGGAUGUUGACAAUAUGCCAAGUCCCAAUCGGAACAAGGCUCAUAAGUCUGAGUUAUGACCAACAGCUGACGACGCUGUUUGUCGGUUUCGCUAGAGGUUCCACUUUUUUAAUACCUUCGCGCAUACCCUGAUCAGAAUCCUUGCCAGAGAAGAGGCAACCUCCUUACUGCACCCUUUACGUUUUUGUCUCUCAGCAGUUUUCUAGAAAAGUUAAAACACUUCCAUACCUGUAGACACUCAUUUCUUGCCCUUUGUUGUUCACCGAUCUAACACAUUACCGUGCGUCACUUUUUGCAGGUCUACUACAGCUAUUAGAGUACCCACUAGUUUUCCAACAUAUCGACUUUCUUUUGCCCAAUUUUUUACAUCCCUAAACGAUAUCUACGCACCCAUCCUACAUAGUCGCUAGUGGAUGUUUCUUGACGAAUAUCAACUGACCAUAUUGAUAAAGGACAUGUGCAGACCGUCAUUCUCAAAUCCUGAGCACAAUUAGAGAUAUUUGGGGGCAACUAUGCUUCUGCUGGCUCUGUCAGCACUGGCUCUGCACGCCAGUUAUCAUGAAGACCUGAGGACUCGAAGAGCCCGAAGGCUGAAUGGAAAAUAUAAACUGACAAGUCCUAAUCAAGGCGUUCAGCUAAUAGUCAUGUACAUGUCCGAUGCCGAGAGGGCAGGUGGAAGGUAGGGGCUGUUAAGUACACCAAAGCACUUGCAGAAUUUUUCUAACAUGACCUGGCAGAUUGGCGCUCAGCAGAUUGUGUAAGGAGUUGGAUUAUGAGUUGAGAUAAGAGCUUACAGUGAACCGGGUAUGAAGAGUCCGGAUCGUACGACCUAUUUGCCUCUAUGGCUGUACAUUGCAGAUGUUUUUUUAGGAUCGAAAUUUGUCAUGUGCGAUCAUCCUCCUCCGGAAUUGCUGGAGCGAAUUUCCGGCCAUGUAAAGUAAAUGUUUUCAAAUUGCUCGCUGUGCAUGUGCCGUUAUCUUUGCGUAGAGUCCGAUACCGGCGUGCGUAACUAAAUCAUUUUUCUAAAUCAUUUUUUUUCCUUUCGCGUUAUUCUAUGUCCGUAAAGGAUUUGUAUCGGCCGCACUGGUUUGCAGGCCCUGAUCCUCAUUCCUACCUACAAAGACUCACUGGCAUCCUUACUGUGAUCUAGUUUUAAAUUUCUUUAUGUCUGACGUUUCCUGCUGCAAAUAGUUCGUGUGUUUGGUUUCCUGGUUUUACCGAUUUGAUGGACUUUGGGCAGGGACGAGUUUGCUUCCAGCGGCAGUUGCUUCUACGCUCCGACAGGCCAGUAUAAUUGGAAAGACAUGUUUCUCGAAGCCUAAAGACUCAAAACCCAUAUAUUCUGAGUGGCUUUUGGCAUAAAGAAGGCCUGAGGAAGCAGGUCCUCGAGUUAAAUAUUAGCAGAGCGUGGUCGCUUGUACUAAGGUAGGGUUCACUAGACUGGGUUCUGCGUUCCCGCUGAUCGCUGAAAUUCAGUUCGAGAGAAGGUUGGUUGCGUCGCACGAGACCAAUAUCCUGCGUUAUUAUCCAACUUUCUCAGAGUUUUUUUUGUGAAAUCCUGGUUUCUUAUUUUCACGGACUGGUUUCGGUAAAUGUCGAAAGUGCGUCAGAAGCAUGAUCUAGAUGCAGCUUCUAAUGGCCGCCUGUGCCAAUUUCUUGCCUCCCGCAGUCCUCUUAAAUAACAUUUUUAAUUUAUAUGCUUUUAUGUAAGUUCGUUUUAUUUGAUUUAAAUGUACUCAAAAUCAGCGAGUUAUUCACGUAGCAUAGUUAUCGGGCGUCACUUUCACUAUCUGAUGUGUGUGGUCUGUCAUAUUGUCCAUUUUAGCACAUUCAUGGAUAGGCUAGUAUAACACAUUUUCAAGUCAGCUUUCUGUGAGAAGGUCUGCCUAUUUGAUGUUUCAUUUUGUGCACCGACGAAUUAUAAAUUUCAAUCACACUUAUCGAACCUCUAAUUGCCCAAACACUUUUUACUAGUGCUGUCAAGUUUUAAAUUCGAGUCAGCUCAACCACUUAGUCUUUUUCUUUCUUCCCGGCACCCGAGUAGAUUUCCCCAGAUUAGCCGUCGUAUACUAAAGGAUAUUUCAAGCACAUUGUUUUAUCGGCCAAAGCCUUGCCCAAAAGAAAGCUUUACUGUUAUAGCGGCUAGUUUUUCUGACGCGAAUUCAAUUUUGUCGCUAUUGCACCUACCGAAAAACAGCUAGUAACACUUUGUCACUAUUUCAGCACCAAGAAUCAGGAGCAGCUUCAAACGCUUGUUGUAAAAAAUACAUCUGCCGCCUGUAUGUCCUUAGAUGGAAAGAGACUCUUCCUCGCACCCAGACAAGCGGUUCGCUCCCCCCAAAUAUACACGGUUCGCUCAGAGACCUGGGACAUGGUGGCCAGACGUCUUAUCCUAGCCGGUUGUACUACUGAAGCGCAGGACUGUGUUCAACGGCAGUAUCGUCGUCUUUUGGACCUGUGUGCUGAACGCCCGGCUACAAGCAGCACCGCCAAAAUCCUUUUCACCGCUGUACUGAUACUUGUCUUUGAUUUACAAACGUUGAUAACCGUUUUUAUAAAUUUUUACUUGUUAGGCCUCUCGACCUUUUGUGUCUUCGGAUCAGGUCUAUAAUUCCCCAUUUCGGGGAACAGUUGCUUUAUAGCGUCAAACCUUAAGAUUUUGCAAAAAUAUCUCACAGUGCCUUGGAUACCGUGCUUCGAAUUAUUGCCAAAAACUCUCCCUCCGAUGGUCAUAAGUGCCCGAGUUGACUUGGCGAAUAUUUGAGCGACCAAAAAUGUUGGGGUGAAUCCGCAUGGAAAUCAGAUAGCCAACCAGUCACUGCGUUCAGCCUCUUUUCCAGCUCUAUUAGCUUGUUCUUGACCCAUAAAAUGUCAAGUAAACUAACUGAUAUACACUGAAGUACUCCUCUAUUCUAGUACCGUCAAACAGAGAUGCCGGAGUCGCUCUUAAACGUUUGCUUUUCAUCCGGAACAAAGCGACAGCUCGAUUGUCACCUCCCACGAUACCCACCGUGUGCCCCAGAGCAGGUCGAGUGCUCAGCGGCGAGUUGCGCGUGAAUUCGUUUACAGUGACGGUAGACUUUCGCAGCACCUACUGCAUUCCUCCUCCUCCCCCACCCGAACUUGAUGUCAAGAUAUAGUCACGAAAACCAGAGGCGAAAGAGGGCGCAGGCGGUUGACACGGCAAAAACCCGCAUCUAGGUGUACUACCACACUCCCUGGUCCACAACAGACACUGAUCGGGAUUUUGCACAACAACAAAGAGGGGGGCAGACGGCACAGAUCCUAAAUGGCGCGUCAUGGGCCUGCACCUGGGUGAUCGGGGUCUUAAUACUGUGAUCGGACAUUUUCAUGAGGUUUCUUCCGCCACACAUGCAAUGUUGGCAUUUGUUUCGGGUGCACAUUCCCAGUAAGGCCUGCCGGACCCUGGCCUAACCCAUGUCUUGUCCCGACGCAUCUACCGCGUGGUCCGUUUUAGAGAGCGGAAUAUCACAAGGCGCUACACUAGAUACGCACUUAACUGUAUCCUUAAGUCAAAGUUUCACGCUUUGGGCGCAAUCCGUUUCAUCUCAUUUGCCUCGCGUUCUGGCCGUAUUAUUUUCCCUUACUGCGCUCAGCAUGUAUACCCACCAUGACCGUUCGGGAAUAUUGAAUCUAGCCUUAUUUGUCUCACAGCAUACCCCUUUUGUCAACGUUUAAGUCAGUUCUGUGUGCAUGCGUUCGCUAUGGGACAGAUUUACGCCGGUUUCACAAUUUCGUUUUACCGCGCCCUACCCAACAUUCCAUCUGGCCGUGUCUCAAGUCAACAAGUUUGCCUAUUACAGAGAUCUAAUCGGGUUCCCUACCUCACCGUCAUCUUUUUUGUGGUCAUUGCUCGGUCAGCAAGCUGCAUUUUUUAAAAAUUAGCCUUUAGUGUUGUUUCUUUUAGAGAUCCAAGCGUGUCUUCACCCUCAUGGGCUUUUAUUUCUUCGAAAUUGGACGGCUGCAAGAGGCCAAACAAUUUUUUGAGAAGUCUUCUCUUAAUGUCUGUGAGGUAAGCCUCCAUGAAAAAUACUAUUUUUUGCAUUGUCUUUUGUCUUUUCUAGUCUAUGUUAGCUGUUUGCAAUCUUUUCGCAUAUUCAUCUUUUAAUUUUCACAUAUUUAACACAAAGGACUACUGUUUGUGGCUUCUCACCCUACUUGUUUUCUUCCGAUUUUUGCUUGGACUCAUGCUGUCUGCCCGCAGUCGUAAAGUCCAUUACAUGUUUUAUCUCUGUGGGUCGUAGGUCGUUUUCUUUUCAUGAAGCUGGGGUUUUGGGAUCCAAACAUGCGUCUGACUGACGUACAUUCUUCUGUAGAUUGGGUGGCACUGGUCGAGACGACCAUUUCUGGCUUACUAGCUGUCGUCAGCUAGCCUUUCUCAACCUCUGGCUGGGUGGCACCGGGGAUUAGGAACCCGGUUCUUUUGAUUGCUGAGCGUGAGUAAGCCACACUCUCCAACUUUUGAGUCACGGACUCGUUGUCCUGCCAGUUUUGAUCGAGUAUGUUAACUAUGGUGGAGGGGCGUACACCGAUCAGGUUACGAAACGUGUUCGCCCCGUUGUUCGCAUAGCGACAAGUGGUAUAUGCAGGUGAAUUGGCUGACGACGGCUGAUAGACCAGAAAUGACCAUCCUGAUUAUCCUUGUCUUUGUUGGUGUUAUGCGACUGCCUCUGAGGGUUGUAGAUUAAACUACAAGGCACAAGGAGACGAGCACAUGUAACCGGAUCGGUGAGCGCCACUCUACCAUAACACAUUUUUCUCAUUACUGUUCUUGACUAUUGUAUCUCCCCCAAUCUUAUUCGACGGAGAAUAAACCUUAUUGAACCCCAAGUAUUCAUAGUCAAUUAGGUUAACUAUGAUCGUAGUUAUCGUCCAGAGACGCGAUGGUGCAUAGAAAGACAUCAGUUGCAUUUGCUCAGCCUGCAAGGACAUCACGCAAUGGCAGAUAAUAUCCGUAACUGCGAAGUUAAGGAAAAAAAGUAGCCAAGAAUAUACGUAAAAAUUCAUCCCUCAUUCUGCCGCAUCAUUUGUUUUCAUCUCCUUAUUAACCAGUCACCCUUGACGAUAUCACCUUGCCUUAACUAGCUCCUAUAUCGGUAUGUGGACCUCCUGCCCCGAGGCUAUACAUUUACUCCCAGCGAUGACUUGAAUGUGUCUGUGGCCGCUCAGGCACAAGUCGAGAACACAGUCACUGCUUCUCCCAACACAAUCUUUGACCUCGCCGAAAGUCUGGCUUCCCGCUCUAAGGACAGUGACUCGUGCGUACGAGAAUACCGCAUUUUCCUGCUGGACUUUUUGCUUGAACAUCGAAGAAGUCGCAUUUUUGAAAAACAUACCCUGGUAAUUUUCAUUUGCUACCUACUUUUGGUCCUCCUGUCAUGUUUUGUAGCCCCGUUUUUCGUCAGGGGCGCUUAUAGACGCCUUGGCUCAAAAACAUUUGCGGGAUCCGUCAUUUUAGAGGCACCGCUGACUAGAUUUUGCAAACUUUUUUAUAUCUUAGCAUAAGCUAUUGCACCUGGCUGCUUUACGUGUGCGCUUCCUAUUCUAAUCUUGUGUCAAUUACUACCCAAGUCAGCUUAGCUGAUUAUAGGAAGGUUAGAAUGAACGUUUUUACGUUGCCGUCACUCACCUCCCAAUCCCAACCUCAGGACGGGAUAAAUGUGACUCCAAUUCGGCCCAGUUGCCAAUUGAGCCUAGCACUCUGCCAAUUGAAUCACGGACUUUUACUCCACCGAAUGCGAUCGGGAACUCCAAAUCAUAUGAGAGCAGCGUUAGUCAGCCUGUACUUAUUUCGGAACGAAACAUGGGCUUUCAAUUCCGCUCUAGGCGUUCGCUGCAGAAUCCACACAAACGCUCGUAUAGCCACCAGGGGCCAGUACUGGAGCAUCAUCACCGGCAAAAGACGGGGAUCGGCAAACUCACCGUCAUUAACCAGACGCGUUUCUACAUAAAGCCUGAGAUUUGGACCCAACUCCAAUUUGACGCUACAUCAUUCGGGGAACUCGAGUCAGGUGGCUUAAGGCAACACGGAACCUCCGAAAUUUGCCCUGCAGUCGAACCUGAUUGCUGAACGGCAUUCUUACAAGCGUCCAGCAUCUACAAUUUCUCGGCUCAGCAAGUGCAAGUGGAAUAUAUUCCUAACCACUAGCGGGGUCGUCAGUUGUUAAAUUUGUCCUAUACCUCCGGGCAUCUAGAUCAUUCCUUGGGUCUCGUUUCCUAAUGGGCCAACUAUCCUGUCCAUCCACUGUAAUACCACUUGUGUGUAUCCCUUUUUACCUCUCAUCCUUCCCAGCUGGACUAGCCUCCGGCAAAGCUAGACAAACUAGAAGUCUGUUUAGUGGGAUAAAGGGCGAUUCAAGUCGCAUGGGCAGGCAAGACUAUCCUUGCAUCUGGAGGACGUGGUGUUUGGAAGUUUCUGUCAAAUAAGGAACGAUUGUUUUUUUUUAAUUCUAUUCUAGAAUUUAUGCACUCUUCAGCAUAAUUUUUCGAGAUCGUAUUUCUUUCGCGCUUGUUUAGACUGGGCUCGGCGGGCCGGACGCCCCCGAAGGAUCCCACGUCACGUAACGUAACAAUCAAAUAG